GGUGGGCAGGGAGCACAGGGUGACCUCGGGGUGGGAGGGUCCGUGCCUGGUGCUGCCUCUGGGCGCUUCCCGUGAGCAGGGGCACGGCCACGACCCCUGUGUGUCGGCAGAGCCCCUUCCACUUCCACAUGGACCGGCAGAGCUCACUGGAGACUCUGGUGGACGUGCUGGUGAGCAUCCUGCAGGCCAGUAACUGGCAGGAGACCAGCCUGGUGCUCUGCCACCCCUGGGACGUCGCCGGCUUCCUCAGCCUCUGGGCCCAACGCUCCCAGCUCUUCCUGCGCACCGUCCUGGACCUGGGCUACCUGGAUGAGCCCAGGGCCACCCGCUACCUGCAGCAGCACAGGGAGCAUGUCAGGACCCUCUCCAGCCCGGUGCUGGUGCUGGGCUGCGACUUGCCCCGUGCUCGGCUCGUCUUCCAGGCAGCCGAGGAGUCGGGGCUGCCACCACAGGAAUUCCACUGGAUGCUGGGCUCCCCGCUCGGCGCCAACGAGCUGCAGACCGAGGGGCUGCCCCCGGGGCUGCUGGCCUUCGGUGAGGUCAACCGGCCGCCACUGGAGCUCUUUGUUCAGGACGCGGUGGGAUUGGUGUCCUGGGCCAUCGCCCGCGCCGCCCGCGGCCACCCCGACCCCGCCCUGCUGCAGACCACGAGCAACUGCAGCGAGAGGCACCGGGCGCGUGGCGAGUCCCCGGGGCUGUUCCUUGCCAGGUUCCUGGCCGACACGUCCUUCCGUGGUCAGACGGGGCUGGUGCGUGUGGAGAAGGCGGCGCUGGUGCGGCCGGAGCAGCAGUUCCAUGUCUGGAGCCUGCGUCGGGACUCUCGGGGGGACCCCACCUGGGUGACGGUGGGCACCUGGAGCCAUGGCAAGCUGGAACUGGAGGAGGGCAUGUGGCAGAGCCAGCGGCAGCACAAGAGCCCCAGCGAAGCAGCCGGGGGGGCCCGCGCGCGGCUGCGCGUGGUGACGCUGGUGGAGCACCCCUUCGUCUUCACCAGGGAGGUGGAUGAGGAAGGGAACUGCCUGGCCGGGCAGCUCUGCCUGGACCCCGGCACCAACGACUCGGCCGUGCUGGACACCCUCUUCGAGGAGCUCGGCGCCGGCAAUGGCUCGGUGCCGCGGGCGUACAAGAAGUGCUGCUACGGGUACUGCAUCGACCUGCUGGAGAAGCUGGCCGAGGACAUGGCCUUUGACUUCGAGCUCUACAUCGUGGGCGAUGGGAAAUACGGGGCCUGGAAGAACGGGCGCUGGACGGGACUGGUGGGGGACCUGCUCAGUGGCACAGCCCACAUGGCCGUCACCUCCUUCAGCAUCAACUCGGCGCGGAGCAAAGUCAUCGACUUCACCAGCCCCUUCUUCUCCACCAGCCUGGGCAUCCUGGUGAGGACCAAGGACACGGCGUCGCCCAUCGGAGCCUUCAUGUGGCCCCUGCACUGGACCAUGUGGGUGGGCGUCUUCGUGGCACUGCACAUGACGGCACUUUUCCUCACCCUCUACGAGUGGAAGAGCCCCUACGGCAUGACCCCCCACGGCCGCAACCGCAUGAAGAUCUUCUCCUACUCCUCAGCCCUCAACCUGUGCUACGCCAUCCUCUUUGGGCGCACUGUCUCCAGCAAGACACCCAAGUGCUGCACCGGCCGCUUCCUCAUGAACCUCUGGGCCAUCUUCUGCCUCCUGGUGCUCUCCAGCUACACGGCCAACCUGGCGGCCGUCAUGGUGGGGGACAAGACCUUUGAGGAGCUCUCGGGCAUCCACGACCCAAAGCUGCAUCACCCCUCGCAGGGCUUCCGCUUCGGCACGGUGUGGGAGAGCAGCGCCGAGGAGUACAUCAAGAAGAGCUUCCCUGAGAUGCACGAGUACAUGCGGCGCUACAACGUCCCCACCACCCCCGACGGCGUCACCAUGCUCAAGACAGAGCCCCCAAAACUCAAUGCCUUCAUCAUGGACAAAUCCCUGCUGGACUACGAGGUCUCCAUCGACUCCGACUGCAAACUGCUCACCGUGGGCAAACCCUUUGCCAUCGAAGGCUACGGCAUCGGCCUCCCCCAGAACUCGCCGCUGACCUCCAACGUCUCCGAGUUCAUCAGCCGCUACAAGUCCUCGGGGUUCAUCGACCUCCUGCACGACAAGUGGUACAAGAUGGUGCCCUGCGGGAAGCGCGUCUUCGCCGUCACCGAGACCCUGCAGAUGGGCAUCUACCACUUCUCGGGGCUGUUCGUGCUGCUGUGCAUCGGGCUCAGUGGCUCUCUGCUCACCUCGCUGGGCGAGCACAUCUUCUACCGCCUGGUCCUGCCCCGCAUCCGGCGCAAGAAGAAAUUCAACUACUGGCUGCACACGAGCCAGAAAAUCCAUCGGGCUCUGAACAUGGGCACGGAGGAGAGGAAGAGCCAGCAGCUGAAUUUGGAGCAGAGGGGUGAGCCCCAGCCCAGGCCGGCACCGGCAGCAGCACAGCCCUGGAGUGCCCUGCGGAAGGAGGCCCGGCGGGUGCGAUUCCAGCUGGACAAAGCCCCCCCCGAGGGUGAGGGGUCCCCACGGCACCCCGGGAACGGGCAGGCGCCGCAGCCCCCGGACAGGGUAGCCAGCGAGAGCGAGCUCCGGGAGCUGGAGGAGAAGAUCCAGGAGAUGCGGGAGCAGCUGCGCGCGGCCCUGCUGAGGAAGAGCGAGCUGGUGGCCGUGCUGGGCACAGCCAAGGGUGGCCGGGCACUGCCCGCCCUGCUGGCCCCCGAGGAGCCCCGGGAGGAGAGGCCCAGCUCAGCCCCACCGCAGGACGGCAGCGAUUAGGAGGAGGAACAGGAAGGUCCCACAGAGAGGGGGCAGCAGGACAGGCCGGGAGUGAAACCUCCCUCUGGAGAGAAAGCUCCAGGGCAGCAAAGCCGGGCUGAUCCCAGAGCCACCGCAAAGCAGAGCCGGAGUCUCCCUCGGGCAGAGGGAUGGAGGUGCCACACAGGGAGCGGGACAGACUGUGCCUCGGUGCUCCCCUCCCUCCCGAGGACAUGGAAUAACUCCCCAUCCCUGUGGGUGGCCGUGGAAGGACUCAGAGCCCCGCGGUGGGGACGGGGCUGCUGUUCGGCCCCAGCACUGCCACCGCCCCCCCGCCCUGCCAGGGGACACGGACGUGACACCCCCAGACAGCGACACCCCGGGACAGGGGGGCUCCCCCAGGAUCCAGCAUUCACCCCCUCCCCAGGACCCCGGCGGGAGCCCAGGACACGGGACAGGACGUGGGGCAGAGCUGCAGGAGCUGUU